AUGGACGUUACUUUAUUAAUUUCUCUCGCUGUCUUAAUUAUUGCACUUAUUAUCGGUAUUACAGUGUUUUUGAGUCAAAAAUCCGGUACGUCUCUAUACAAAACUUUUUCAUAUCAUUACUAAAAUAUAUUCCUAACCUUUAAAUUUGUUUUGAAACAGAUGUUUUGAUAAUUUUUAUAAAUAUUGGAUUAAUAUUUAAAUGCUUCUAGUAAUAGAAAUACAUCGAUUAAAUCAAUUAUUUAACCUCCUUGGAUGUUUAUUAUUUAAAAAAAGUAUUAAAUAUUUCUUUUUCGGGAUAUAGCACAGAAAAAACAAACGAAUCCAGCUGAAAGAGUUGCACAAGGUAGGCCAAUAAGACGAGCAGCGGGUCAAAGAAAUGCUAGACGUCGUAUGCAAGCAACUAUCAGCCAACAAAUUGAGGGAGAUGACAAUGGAUCUGGAAAUGAAGCUAAUGAUGAGGCAGAUGAAAAGCCAACUACGCCUGAUUUCAAAAUGGGUGCAAAAAAGAGAGCAAAAUUGGCAGCUAAAUCAGAAAAGAGAGCUCAAAGAGAAAUUGCUGAAAGAGAAAGAGAAGAACGUAAAAAGAAGGAACAACUUCUUCAAGAGGAAAGAGAUAAACAAUCUGAGAAAGAACGAGCAGAGGAAUUAAGGCAAGAAGAGGCAGAGAAAAAAGCAAGGGAAGAGAAGGAAAGGAAGGAAUAUGAAGAAUAUUUAAAAAUGAAAGAAGCAUUUAGUGUAGAAGAAGAGGGCUAUGAUCAGGAGGACAAAGAAGAUGAAGAAAAUUUAUUACAAGAAUUUCUUCAAUACAUUAAGCAAAACAAAGUUGUAGUUCUAGAAGAUUUGGCAGCACACUUUGGCUUAAAGGCGUCAAGUAUAGUAGAAAGAAUUCAGGAGUUACAAGCAAAUGGAAGUUUGACUGGAGUUAUUGAUGACAGAGGGAAAUUCAUUUACAUAUCUCAGGAGGAGCUCGAGGCUGUGGCAAAAUUUGUUAGGCAACGCGGUAGAGUCAGCAUCACUGAACUAGCAGAAAAUUCAAAUCGUUUGAUUAAUCUUAAUCCAGGAAAACAAACUAGCACGGUAGAAGCUAGAUAGAUAAAUAGAUAGAUAGAUUAUAUAUAUAUAAAAAAUUAGAAAUUUUAAUAAAUUUAUUUUUAUCAAUUUAUAUGAAUCAUUUUGAAUUCAAAAAAGAUUCAGAUACAGAUAGUAAAAUUUUAUUUAUGGUUUAUAAAUUGUAUAUUUUAUUUAUCUGUAAAUAACACAUUUAUACAAUUUUUAUUACCAUUGAAUAAUUUUUGAUAAAUUAUAUUUAACAUUCAGGGCAUCAUUAGAACAUAA